ACGAGCUUCAAGUGUCUUUUUGCUAAUGAUGUGUAAGCAGCACAGUUAUUUUUCACAAGUUACAUCUUAAAAUUAAUGUUAAAAAAUGUGGAAAUAUUUCAUACACCUAGCAUUGGGCUAAUGGGGAUAAUGUACAUUUUUUUAUUUUUUUAUUUGUGCAUUUCAAUUACAUUUUGGAGGAGUUUCCUUCAUAAACCAUGUUUGUGUAUUUCUUUGUCUGCAAAAUGUUUUAAUCUAAUUAACUUACUUCUUUUAAAAAAAUUUUCAUGAGAAGUUCAUAAAUGACAACUACUAAAUUAACGUGGCAUGCCAAUUUACAAUUAUCUUGUGAAAAAAUUAAAAAUAAUUAUUUGCAAGUAGUGAAUUCAAGAAGAAUUCAGUUACUAUUCUCUAAACAAUGUAAUUAUAGAUAUGAAUGACCUUUUUUUUCAAUCAAUAAAAUGCUAGGUAGAAAUAAUAAAUGGGAGAUAAUUUUACUAAGUUACAGCAUCUCUUUUGUUCUAUAUUAAUAAAAUUUCAUUGUCUCAUUACUUUAAAUGGAUUUCUUGCUGGGAAUUCAAAGCUUCUCCCAAAAUGUUGCCUGAAUCAUCAACAAUUGCACAGCCAGUAUCAUCACAACUUGUUUCUAUUCCCAAUAUUUUGCAUUGAUUUGUUCGACUAUGCGCAGUGCGAUGUUUCACUCCAAUUUUCUUCCGGGCAGACUCAGAUACACUAGCACAUUUCCGCACACUCCUCAAAAAUGUCAACAUUUUAAAAUGAAAUGGUCUUGUUUAAAUCUUCAUUAAUACCGCGCACGCUGCACGUAAUAGCAACAACUUAACCAAGAAAACCAAACAAUCUCACCACAUUCACAAUAUAAACUCACAAACUCACUUAGCUUCAACACAUAACAUUUUGGUGUUCACUUUGGUACAUACUGAUUUGUUGGUAUUACAAACUUUAUAAUAAUAUCUUUUAUUUAUUUAGGAGAAAGAAAAGUAAUAGACAAGUAUUUGAUUCUAAAAUCUUCUUCUAACACCUAAAAUUAAAAUAUUAAAUUAAAUAUGUAUUAUAAAGAUAUGUUUCUCUGUUCGAAUAAGGUGAUUAUGUUCAGUGAAAUUCGUAAAAGUAUUGGUAAUUAUGAAAUCAUAGCAGGGGAACCAACUUGCAUGCUCCCUAAAAUCCCCUACAAUCAUUAAGGCGAUAAGGAAACCUGCGCGUUCCCACUGCAAGUCAGCGCGUUCGUUCGCUCCCUGGCUGACUUUCGCAGCUAUGGUGGGGUGAUGGGGGGUGUGAGAUUAAAUGAGCAAUUCUUGGACGCAAAAAUAUGUUCCCUUCACUUACACGUGUUUGAAGUGAGACUGUGUGAAAGAAGAGUUUAGAUUGUGAAUGUAUUAUGUUGAUGGUGGUUGCAGCUAGCUAGUGUUUCGGUCUGCGAUGGAGCUCUCUGAAAUCGUUGGUCAGAUAAUACUUGGCGUGAAACGUAGCAAGCUGUAUGCGUGUACAGUGUUAUAAUUUAUCAUGCUAUCUGAAAAUGUAUUCGUAAAUGUUUUAUCUCUUCAGUGUAAAUCAGUGAAAUAAGUUUGGCCGAAGUAGUUGCUGUAAUCAUGUCAGACAACAAUGAAUUGAGUCUCUUGGGUGAGGAUUUGGGAGAUGAUGACUAUGAUCUUGGAAAUGAAGAUGAAGAUGCUCUCCUUGCAGAUGAUUACGAUGUGCAAAGAGAGGACUACAUUUCUGGUGAACAUGACAAUAUUGAAAAUCAAACAGAAUUCCAGGAAUAUGAGGAGCCUUUAGAGGAUGAUGUUCUUGAUCUGGGCGUUACUGAUGGGCUUGACGAUCUUGAUUCUGAAAUUCAAGAAUCUGCUGAUGAUUCAUCUUUAUCGAAAAAACAGCCUGUAAUUCAAGAACAAAGUCUGAAAGUGAAAAAAGAAGAAACAUUUGAAUCAAAUACAGAUACUAAACCUGCUGCCAAUGUGCAAGGAAAUCUUGAAGUAGAUAACUCCACUGCAGAGACAACUGCUCACUUGGAAUCAGAGGAAGAGGAAGAGGGUGGCGAAGGUGAAGGAAGAGGACGCUUCAAGUCUGAAAGAACAAAUAUUGUUUCAUUAAAAAGUGGAAAGACGUAUGGCAAUAUUCCUGACUCCUUAGAUCAUGUCAUUCCUGUAGAUGAGAACAAUACGCAAAAGCAACAACACAAGCGAGAUGGCAAUCAGUGGAGAAACAGAAGAGGGCGAGGAAACGGACCACGAGGAGGAUCUCGUCAGCAUUUCCAUUCUAAACAGCAGCCACCUCCACACUUCCAGGGACCAGUGUUCUCUCCUGGCCCUGGCCCAUUUGUGCGCCACCCUCUUCCUCCACAGCAGCCACCACAGCAGGUGCAACAUCACCAUCACCUGCAACAUCAACACCAGCACCAACAUCAGCACCAACAUCAACACCAGCACCAGCAGCCUCCAAUGCAGCAGCUCCCUCCACCCCAGCCUGCACCCCCUCCUCAGCCCAGCCAUCAUCCCAUGCAGCAGACUCAGCAACAGCAGCAGCAGCAACAGCAGAUGCAACAACCUCCCCACAAGAUCCUCAUCAAUCCUCACUUUCGAGGCGCUGUGCAACCUCACCCUGAAGCCAGGCUUAUUUGGGAUGCAGAACCACCUGCCCAACCUACCGGGGAUGGUCUUUUGCCUUUUCCUCCUAGGGUCUUUGUGGAAGCUCCUUAUGCUUCAGGACCUCAAGGAAACUAUGAACACACAUUUCAGCAUCAUGAACCUGUUGUAUUUCAUAAUUCGGUACCUCCACAACAUCAACAAAUUCCUCAUCCACAACCACCAAAUCAAUCUUACUAUCAUGGAGAAAUGUAUGUGGAUCACCCUCCUUCACAGCCCCCAGUAUCACAACCUCUUCAUCCACCUCAUCAGGCUGGCCCCAAUGUGGAUUAUUGGCAUGAUAUACAGCCUCCACAUCCUCCUAACCAGUUACAGGGUCCUCCGCAUGGGCGAGAGAACUUCUAUCCUCCACCAGAUGCAGUAUUCAAUCCACCGCAGUAUGCAGGACCAGGACCUGGGCCUCCUGAACAGCCCCCUUUCUCUGUGCACAUGGAUCAUCCUGGUCCAGUACCAGGGCCCCCUCAGCCAGCAGUAUGGCAAGGUGCUACUUCAGACACAAUGCAGAUAUCUGCCAGUCAAGUGACUGCUCAGCAGUUUCCAAGUGCCCAGGGAGUUUUCCGCUUGGCUAAUCCUCCUGGUCCUGGGCUUGGUCCAGGAGCCCGUUUUCGGCAGCCUGCAACAAGAAACUUCAGGAAUUUUACUCAGCAAAGACCUCGGUUUCCUGGUAUGGAAUACAGUGCUUUAGCGUUAGUUAUGUGCCUUGAAGGUGAGAUUAAGGGUUCGUUGAAUGGUCCACAUGCAAGACGUCCUGGGGGGCCUGUGCAACAUGGCCCACCCCAACAGCCUCAACAGUCACCACCAGAAGCUCAACCACCACAGCCACAACCACCACAGCUGCCUCAAAACUUUCGCUCUCCCCAAAAGAGACCUUCAUUUGAUGGUCCAAACAACACUGUUGUUCCUUUGACUCAAGGCAGAUUUGAUUCUGUCCCAAAAAGAAAGAAGAGAAUGCCAGACAUGAGUAAUCUGCAUGAAGUUCAGACUGUUGACACACUACCUCAGCACCUCAAACCAGAAGGGCAGGAUGAAAAUGAGGAUGAAGAAACUCGUGAAUAUCGUAAAAAAAUUGAAGAACAGAAACGCCUCAGAGAACGUAUUCUUCAACAGAAAGAGGCUCGACGAAAAUUAGCAGCAUUAGAGAAGCAAAGAGAGUUGCAGAAAAAAGAUAUUGAUAUGCAAGCAGGAGGUGAUGCUUCUUCAUAUUUUGCUGCUCAAACCGAUCCUCCUCAAGGUAAUGCAAUAGCAACAAUUGUAAACAGGAACACAAUUGAACCACAUGUUGUUACUCCUGUGAGAGUUCAGACCCAACCAACUCAACCUCCCCGAGGUAUUGCAUUUCAAGACAAUUCGGUGGCUGGUAGUGUACAAGUUCAAUCCACAGUACCUAUUGUUAAGCAGCGAGGGAUUCGAGGUCGUGUAGUACGAGGCAGGGGGCGAGGUCUUGGCCGAGGGCAGGCUAAUAAUAUUCUUCCUAAACAAAUACCUCAAUCACAACUACAGCCAAAUCAUCAGAAACAGCAGCAGCAUCAGCUCAUCACUCAGCAGCAGCAGCAGCAGCAGCAACAACAACAGACAUUGCCUCAACAGCCACAGCAGCAGCCACCACAAAAUGUGCAAGUUGUUCCAAUUCAGGGUGCAGCAACGGCAGUACCUGGUCAGAGAAUUGUUCGCUCAACUUUGAAACCUGCAGCAAUUCAAAAAACAGCACAAGUUGCUUCAGCUUCUGCACCAAAAAGAGUUGUAUUGAAUCAGAGUACACAGAGAGUUGUUCAAGUCGCUCCACGCACAGUAAUGUUGAGAGGUGCUAACAGCAAUAAACUUCCAACGAGCCAGUUACCUCAACUCCAGUCUCAACAGCCAACACCAAGGAGGGUAGUGCAGGCCCAACAAAACAGGCCAUCUAAUACAGUACCUGGGCGAACAGUAAUUUCAAAUCAAAAUGCAAGUAUUACAGUGACAGCGCAGGCACCAGAUGCAUCAUCUCUACCUCGGACGAAAUUAGUAGCUGUUGAAAAUCUUGCUGCAAGUACCACUGAUUCUCAGUUGCGAAGAAUGUGUCAGAGAGUAGGAAUUGUUGAAAACAUCCAAAUGAUACCUGCACAGCGGAGAGCAGUUAUUACUUUUAGUAAUCCUACAUCUGCCAUUACUUUUUUGAAAAGAUAUCAGCGGAAAAUGGUGGACCUAUCAUUGAUCAAUGUGAAACUUCUGACAUGAAUAAUUUAAUAAAUGUAAAUUAUUCAACUGAACAAUAGUUGUAGAAUUAAUCAACUGAAUUCAUGAAUUCUUGAGCACAUCAAGUGAGAAGGUCCAAGGUUACUUACUGGGACUUGUGAUGUUUUAUUAAACUAUUAUCAUAAAUGAAGGGAAUUAUUUUAAAAAUGAGCUGUUACUAACACAGCUAUGCUUGCUAAAACAUUGGGCAAGUUGCAUUUUGGGAGUCUGCACUGAAAGUUUGUGAUGGAAACCAACACAUUAGCUUCUUGGAAACUACAUGCACUCCUAUACAGCAUAUGACUUAUGAAUUGGAAGUACAACCAGUCAUUUUGUUGUUUUCCCUGCAAAACAUUUCGUGUUUGACAAACCAUCUGAAGUGCUGUUUGAAGAAUGGUGGCCAAGUGUUUCUUCUUGUUUGCAAAUUGAACUCCAGAAUGGACAAAAGAAAGUAAUGGAAUGUUCUACAAUGAAAAUUGCAUGAAUGAAUUGGUUGUUAUCAUCUUAUGACUCAUCGUUGUCUUCGUCUUAAUUGAUCAAGUUAGAGAGGUGUAAUAUGUAUAUAUAUAUAAAUCGCAGAUUCUGGUGUAAGUUGAAAGACAAAAAUAUUAAUUGUUAAAUGAGGAUGCAAAAAAGCUCCAAAACUUCCCUCAAUUUUCUGGAAGCAGUUAAUUAUAAUUCUUAGUUAUCCAAAGAAUUCCCUCUAUUCUCCCAUUUCUAGAUUUUUCCAUCCCCAGAGAACUUUGUUGCAAUUACUGUAUACUACAGCCUUUCCCCUCUUUUCAUAUUCCUAUUUUUCUCUUUUUGGUCAUAUUUAAUUAUAAAAUUAAGAUACAUAUAAUAUAUAUUUGUUAAGUCAUGAUGUUUUAUUUCUGAAGCAAGUGCUUCAUUGUACAAUGCAAUCUAGUGUUUUAGAACUUGAGGGUAAAAUACUGAAAUUUGUAACUUAAUCCCUCCAUGUUUCUAAAUAGCAAUGUAAUGCAAUACAUUUCACAAGAAAGUUCAUUACUGAGCAGCUUUCUUGCAUUCAUGCAUUCUUGUAGAAUUGCAUGUUCAUUUGAUUGUAAUUUCAAACAAUGUUAUAAUUUAAUUGUAGAAAAUUAGGUUUCCAGAUUAUGAAAAAUACCUUUAUAUAAUAUUACUCAAGAAAAUGUGUUUAGUGAACUAAUGAGGCAAAGGAAACAAAUGUUGCAAGUUGAUAUUUGAAACAAAAGAAGUUAAUUUGUUUCUCCAGAAAUAUUGUAUGUGAAACACACCAUAACAGUGAGAAUUAGACAAUCAGUAUGUUUUAUACUGAAACUGAAUCAUUUAUAUUUUUCCCAGUGGACUUCAGAUUGGAUUUCAUAGUUUUAUUACCGAGAAUGUUAUAAUUUCCAUUGAAUUUGAUUCAUAUAUCUUUUACUUUGUUCUUUUAACAUUGUGUAUUUAGGCUAACAGUGUUGAUUCUUGUUAUAAAAGUUUCUGCAUCCAUCAGUUAUAUUAAUUAUUAAUUCCUAGUUAUACAAUAUGAUGAUAAGUAUUUCAGAUUAGGGUGUAAAAUAGUACACAUAAAUUUUAAAGAUUUUGAAUCAAAUUUCACAAACAGGAAAUUCUCUAUUGUAUUUUUAUGUGAUGUCCAUGGAUAACUUUUCUCCAAAAUAUGCUAUAUUAAUUGCAGGAGUAAAAUUUACUAAUAAUUUUGUGCAUUGAUCACUUUAGAAGAAUGAUGUUUCAGAAGCUAACUUAUAAACCAGGAAAACUUGGUGUAAUUUACGUUAUUCGUGGACAGUAACACAUAAUUGCAAGGAAACUACUUUUUUUUCCUUUAUAGUUUUAUGUAUUUGAACAAAUUGAUUUUCUGACUCAUAGUAACUGAUGAAAUUGAAACCAAAAUAUCUACUCUAAAAAAUGUUUCAUUGCUAAGUGAAUUAGUGGUAUAAUAACAAGAUUAAUUAAAUAUUAUAAGUCAGCAAUAAAAUAUGUUGAUGUUAUUUCACAUUGUUUGCCUAAAUACAAGGAAGUUCAUCAUAGUUUCCAAUUGAUGUGAAGUCACUGUAUUCCAUGUGUUUAAAAAUAUUUAUGAUGUAAUAGCAAAGUCAGUAAGAAGUUAUUAGCUAUGAUUUCUUUUGUAAAUGUGUAUAUGGAACUGUUUUUAUGUUAGAAAAGUGUACUUCUUCAUAAAAAGUUCUGCAAAGACUUUUAAAGUCUUUUCUCUACCAACUCAAACAUUCUAUUAAAUAUAUUUUAAAAAAAUCAUAGAUGGUAAAAUACUUUUUCAUUGCCUCUUUCAAUUGGCUUUUGUAUGAUCUUUAUGGAGGAAAUAUUUAUGAAUUAAGGAUUUAAUAUAAAAAUCAAAAGUUUAGAAAUUAUUUUGUUUAGCAAGAUACUUUUGACUGAGAGACUUUUUUAACUUCUAUAGUUCGUGUUUUUAUUUUGAUAUUUUAAACUACUCGUUUUUAUUAUUUAUCUUUUAAUGACAUAAUUCACGUAGUUUUUUAAUAAGUGUAUGUUGUGUUGAAUCUGUAAUGAAGAAAAAUUCUGCCUCUUGAAAUCAAUUUUUUCUAACCAUAGUUAUCAAAUAAACAUUGUGCGAAAGCCAAUUGUAUGUGGUUGUUAGCUUGUGUAACAGUUCCUCAGGUUCUCCAUUAUCUUUAAAAGAUAAUAAAAAUGAUAGAAGUGAUUAACUAGAUCUUUACAGUCUCACUAGUCUUAAAUAUUGAUUAAGAACGAAAAAUCUCAAUGAUCAAUUUUUUAAAUUUUUCUAUUCAUUCUCGUAUCAAUAUUUUUAAAGCAUUUAUUUUGUAUGUAAUAUUCCUUGAUAAAGAAUUGCUAUAUAUCAAUAUAUUGCUUUAUAUUGACUGUACUGUGUAAUUCUGAUUUUAAUCUUGAAAAUCUGGUUUAAUUGUAUUGUUUUGAGUAAAGUUAAGGGGAUUUUUCUUAGGCUAAUUUACCUUGCGAAGAGGUUACUGAACUGUUUUUACAAAUAAGUUUUGAUUGUAUGAUUUAUGGAAUGUGUUCUCUAGAUUAAAAAUCUACAGAAAAUAAAAUAUUUUGACCACGCUGUAUGUUUUAAGUUAUGUUGUUAAUAAUUCUGUGAUUGAUUAAGAGGAAAUAUUUUGUAUGCAAGAGUCAAUGUUCUUUAAGCCAUUAGUACAGGUUACAAUGAUCAUGGGUGUGGUAUGCUGAGAAUGUAUUGAAGAUGUGAAAAUUGGACUACUUAGCUAGUUUUGUGGAAAAAAUAUCAGUAGAUAUAGACAAUUUAAUAUCAAAGACAAAACCAUACAAUGUUAACAUUUUGUUGGCUUGAGAGAAUAGUCUUAUGUAUUCUCCUUCAAUUUUUGUAAUGCGUUAAUUUCAUUAGCAAGUUUUCCAGGAUGUUAUUAGGUCCAAUUUUCACUGAAAAAAAAAAAAUUGUAAUGUAUAAAUAUAUUUUUCAGUCAAAAGCAAUUCUAAUGCAAUAUCUUCUAGAAUAUUUUUGUUGCUUUAAUUUCUAGUAUCAAUUUGCAUUUUUCAUAAAUUGGUUAUUAUAUUUGAAUUUCAUUUUCCGAUUGGUUUCUUAAUGUGGAGUUUUUUGAUACCUAUGUUGUUGUUUAUCCAGAUGAGAGUAUGACUAUGCCGUACUUACAUAUUCUCAGACGUAUUUCAAACAUAAUGUUGCUAAUUUUCAAUUCCUUCACUUUUAAACUAAUGUCUAACAUUAUUGUUAUUUGUAUAUGUUCUGCACUUUUAUCUUUGAAUUACUGUAAUAUUCCAAAUACUGUGCACAUAGUAUUCUUUAUACAUCCGUGCUUAAAGAAGUUACUAAGGGCUUCAAGAACAUGGAGUUUGAGUAUAGACAUUGUCCAUUUGCUCAGAAUGUUGCAGAAUUCAUACUUUCUGUGAGUUUUCAGAUCCUGUGUGAAUUUUGUGUACAUUUUCUUUUGGUAUUUCAAUUGGACCAAAUUUAGAUUCUGAAAGGAACAAACUUUUCUGUUAUGUGUAUAACUGGAUUUUGCAUAUUGGAACCGCAAAGAACAAAUUAUUGGUUUUUGUAAUUUCUUUAUAUAUUGAGAAAAUAUUUUUCAUUAUAUAAAUGAAUGCAUUUUAAAUUCAUAUCUAUUUGAUGCAAAUUACAAUCGUUGUUAAGCUACUUAAUAUUUUAUGUAAAUAAUACAUUUAGUAGAACAUUAGUUUUUAUUCUCCUGAGAACUGAAAAUUCUUCAUAUCAUUUUGAGCAAUUGAGUUAGAAUAUACUUUUUUCAAUAUGUAUUAAAAUUCUCAAUUUGGCAUGUACAAACUGUUAUUGUACACCGUUUCUUAGGUCAGUAUUGGAUUGUGAUAAGUGUUCAAAAGAGACCUGCUAAUGAUUUUACUUCUGAACGUAAAUUUCUUUGUGGGCAUUAAUUUUUGUUAAUAUUACUUCAGUUCUAAUGAUGUUACUGAUUACACACACAUAAGAAGGCGGACUGUAUCUGAUUCGUCUGUUUUUUACUACAUGCUAUGACAUGUUCAAAGGGUAAGAAACAACUGAAUCCAGGUGAGUUUAAUCUACAUAUUUAUGUAUGUUUAAAGAGAAAAAAUUUAAUAUAAUUUUUGCAAGACCAAAGAUUUGUGUAGAGAGAGAGAAAAAAGUACAAAAAAUCUGAUUAUGAAGAUUUGUAUUACAUGGAAAAUUUAAGAAUGUAACUCAAAGUAAAUGUAUAAAGAUAUCACCUUUGUACAUUUCAUUUUAGUCAUCAUACAUUAGUUUAUUUUAUUAGUAAAAUAUUUAAUUGUCACCUUAUUGGAGAGGUAAUUUAGUCGGAAAUAUGUUCCAAUAAAUAAGCAUCCAAGAUGUGACCUUGUUACUGAGUAACCAGUGUAUUUUUUAUUUGUUAAAUUUGGUCAAAGAAUUGUUAACCCAAUCAAAACAUGAACCUGGUUCUCCUGGUUUACACCCAGUUGCUUUAACUUUCAUUCUCUUAUUGCUGAGCUAAUGAGAGAACCAAUUCUUUAAAUGGUUUCAAGGCCUGAGUUUUACCUGUUGUGCAAUAUUUAAUUGUCACCACCUUGUCACCUUAUUGGGGAGGUAACUAUGAUGGAC